AUGUCGUCACCGGAAACAACAAUAAUGACCCCAUCUCCCACCAGAACGGCUACGCUCGUCUCAAACCUUGCCUCCGUAACAUCUCGCAUCCAAACAGCCUCCGCUAAACUCUCCCCCGCAAAAGAACCCCCCGUGCGCCUCGUGGCCGUCUCGAAGCUCAAGCCUGCCUCUGACAUUCUCGCGCUGCACAACCACCCAACAGACCACUUCCAUUUCGGCGAAAAUUACCUCCAAGAACUACAAGAGAAAGCACGACUCCUGCCACCUACAAUAAAAUGGCACUUCAUCGGUGGGCUGCAGUCUAAUAAAUGUGUUUCUCUGGCCAGAGAUACGCGAGCGCUCUGGGCGGUUGAAAGCGUGGACAGUGAGAAGAAAGCGGGCCUGUUGAAUAAAGGGUGGGGGGAGAGGAAGCCGGAUUUAGGUGGGGAGGAGAAGCUGAGGGUGUUUGUGCAGGUUAACACAUCUGGUGAAGACAAUAAGAGUGGUGUGGAGCCUGAAGACGGGGCGAUUGGGCUGUGUCGGUUCAUUAGGGAGAAAUGUCCGCGGCUGAGGCUGCAGGGGCUGAUGACCAUUGGGGCGAUUGCGAGAUCCAAGGCGACAACAGCGGAGAAUGAGAACGAGGAUUUUAUCUCUUUGAAAGAGGCACAAAAUUGCGUGGUUAGGGCGCUAGGCUUAGAGGGGGAUGAGGCGCAACUGGAAUUGAGUAUGGGAAUGAGUGAAGACUUUGAAGGGGCAAUCGUGCUGGGGAGUGAUGAAGUGCGUGUCGGGACGACGAUUUUUGGGGACAGACCACCCAAGGAUCAAGCUAAGGUUGUUUGA